UCAGUGACGACGAACGUUUUAUUGUGGCGGACCAACAUGGCCGCGCUGAGGAGUGCGACAACCUGCUUCCGUCUGCUCAGGAGUUCAGCUCGUGUCCUGUUCAGGAUACCUGCUGUCCAUAAACCGGGGAAAUGGACCAAUAUCUUGUACAAAAGUAUCGCGUCUUUAACUGUGGGCGGUGGACUUUGUGCUGUACCUUUCAAACAGGUUGAAAACCUCUCUCAUGACUCUCUGAUCAGACGAGCCGCCUCUCUGGUCACAGACAGUUCAAGCACUUUUCUCUCUCAGACCACUUUGGGGCUCAUAGAUGCCAUCACAGAGUACUCAAAAGCUGUGCACACACUCAUUGCCCUCCAAAGACGAUAUCUGGACUCAAUUGGAAAACUGACUCCAGCAGAAGAGGAUACAAUCUGGCAGGUGAUCAUUGGCCAGCGUUCAGAGGUUAAUGACAGACAAGAUGAAUGCAAGCGCUUUGAGUCCACCUGGAUGAGCGCAGUCAAGCUUUGUGAAACGGCAGCCGAGGCAGCGUACAGCUCAGGAGCUGAACAUGCGUGCAUCACAGUGAGGACAAAUAUUCAGGUGGCCCUGUCGCAGGUGGAGGAGGCACAGAAACUGUCAGCUGAUGCAGAUAAGAAGUUGGCCGAGGCUAAAGUGAUGGAGAUUGAAAGGGUGGCACAAUACGCUGCCUCAUUAGAGAAUAACAGUGAUGAGGAAGAGGUGCCUGAGGCUUAUCUCAGAGAAGACUAAAACCAACACCAAAAGGUAUCAGAAAACAAGAAAAGGUUUAUUUGCUUUCAAAGAAAAUAAUGUCUUUUUAUCAUCCUUUGAAUGUCUUCUCUCUUUUCCAGUCUGUAACAUGUCUGGCUCUGUGAUAUGUCAUCUAGAUUGUGCUCAUUUAGGCGCUGAUUUCUGCACAGAAAUUCCCACACUGGAAAAGUGAAUCACACAAAGUGAGGACGCCAUCUGUCUUCACAAUAGUGUUUGGUCAUGGAAGACUAUUUAUUUGAAUAAUGGCACCUGCUUCUGCUGUAACGAGGAUUAUGUUUUUGAUCUGUUGUUUAUUGUAUUGUUACUGGACGAACAUCAUAUUUUUGUGCACUUUCCAUAAUUCAAUUUAAUAAAGACAAAACACAUACGUUUUGUUUCAAA